CACGAUACCAUCCAUCUCUGCAACUGUGAGCGGAGCCAACUUCAAAAAGAGGACCAAUGCAUUUUUAGGGCUAUCCUUCCAAUGCUAUGCUCUGCAACUGCUAGGAAUUUCUCAGAUCGUGUUAAUCUCUUAAAAAUCUUGUCCUUUGCAUGCCCUAGUUUUACCCUAUCUUCUGCACACCCUACUUUCCCUCCUUUAGCUGCUCAACUUGCAAGCGCAUGUUCUCCCUUAUUGUCUAAGAAACCUAAUAAUAACCGUUCAUCCCAGUCUCUCAUUUCUUGUUCUGAUUCUUCUCUGAAAGCGUUCUUUUCUCCUUUGAGAUCUGUGACAACAAUGGCGAGUGGCUCAGAAAAGGAUCAGACCUCUGUCCAUGACUUCACUGUGAAGGAUUUGAAGGGAAAUGAUGUGGAUCUCAGUAUUUACAAGGGAAAGGUUCUCUUAAUUGUCAAUGUUGCAUCUAAAUGUGGGUUGACAAAUUCCAAUUACAAGGAGCUAAAUCAGUUGUACGAAAAGUACAAAGAUCAAGGACUCGAGAUAUUGGCAUUCCCAUGCAACCAGUUUGGUGAGGAGGAACCCGGAUCAAACGAAGAGAUCAUGGAACUGGCUUGUACUCGCUUUAAAGCUGAGUUCCCCAUUUUCGACAAGGUUGAAGUGAAUGGGGACAAUGCCACACCUGUGUACAAAUUCUUGAAAUCAAGCAAAGGGGGUCUAUUUGGGGACAACAUCAAGUGGAACUUCUCAAAGUUCUUGGUGGACAAGGAGGGCCAUGUUGUUGACCGUUAUGCACCCACCACCUCCCCCCUCAGCAUUGAGAAGGACAUAAAGAAACUGUUGGGGAUCGCGUGAAGCCAGAAGCCGAAUUUGUAGCACUUGCGUUUCUAGCGGCGCUUUAUUUGGGCAGCUCAGAUAAUAAUAGGUGGAAAGCAUGCUGGUCUAUGGUUUGUAAGAUUAGUAUAGUAUGAGACAUGAUACAAAUUCCUCCUUCAAUCUGGACAUUGUUCUUCUUGUAUCAUCUCUAUUUGCAUGUUUGUUGAGUAUGCAGUUAUGUAUAAAUGGGAGGCACUCUUCUUGAAAGAACUGUGAAUUAUAUAUCUUCUGAAAUGUGAAUUAUUAUGGUCUAA